CUGUUCUGAUCAUCACAGGGAUCCAGAAAUUGUUCGUGGUUAUUGGGUAAAUUUAUGGUAAUGGUUAUUGGGUAAUGAUUAAAUUUUGUGUACUUGAUUGAUAUAUGAAAAUAUGAAAAAAAGAAUAUACCCCCUUCUAAUUUAUAUCCAAUUUUUGUUAGGAAAAAAAUAAAAACUUUGUUUUAAUUGUUUGAUGUUUUUACGUUUGUUAUAUAUUAUUUACUUGGCUUUUUUUCUAAAAAUGCGCAUAAAUUAUAUUUGCAUGGUUCAUUAAGGAAUUUUUUUUAAUUUUUAUUGGGUUUUAAACCCCCAAAUAUUUUUUAAAAUGAAUUUUUAUUUGAUAAUAAGGGGAAUUAUAAGAGUUUUGGAUUCGCGUGUCAAUCCUUUUCCUAUUACCUUUUCCCUUUAACCUUUCCUCUUAUCCGUAACUAGGGUGGAUGAGGGGGGGGGAUUGCGGGUGUUGAUUGCGUGCUGUUCGUUUUUGCUUGUUCUUUUUUUUUGGAGAAAUGUGAAAAUUCCGUUCGAUAACUUUAAAAAGCAUAAAUUAGUAAAGUCUAGUUUUAACCCCAUUACCUUUAAUUUUAUUUUUUCAAAUAAAAAUUUUAGAAAAAAAUGUUACAAGUAAACAAAGCUGUUUGUGCGUCGUUGAGGAAGUUGUCUUUGUCUGUUGCUAAAUGUGGAGGACAUGGUCUUGUAAUUCACCGAGAUAGUAAAGAAAACAAUCCUGAGACGCCGUUUAAAUUUACUCAGGAGAAUUUGAAAAAGAUUGAGUCGUUGCUUGCAAACUUUCCGGAAGGUCACAAGCAAGCUGCUCUACUUCCAGUUCUAGACUUGGCGCAACGCCAAAAUAGAUGGCUGCCAAUUUCAGCUAUGCAUGAAGUUGCUCGGAUUUUGGAAAUUCCGCGAAUGCGAGUUUACGAAGUUGCGACUUUCUACACAAUGUAUAACAGAGAACCCGUUGGUAAAUAUUUUAUUCAACUUUGUGGGACAACUCCUUGUAUGCUUCGCGGGGCUGAGACUAUUAUGGAAGCUAUCUGCAAAAAACUUGAAAUAAAGCCUGGUGGAACAACUAAAGAUGGAUUAUUUACUGUUAAGGAAGUUGAAUGCCUUGGUGCUUGUGUAAAUGCUCCAAUGGUUCAGAUAAACGAUGAUUAUUAUGAGGAUUUAACUGUUGACGAUAUUAACGAAAUUAUUGAUGAUCUUAAAAGUGGGAAAAGACCUUUGCCUGGCCCGAAAAGUGGAAGAUUGGCUUCUGAACCUAUAAAAUCAAAAACUUCAUUAACAGAACCUCCAAAGGGACCUGGUUUCGGUAUUCAGGAAGGAUUGUAG